UCUCUCCGCUCCGCCUUCCAGUGCGUGAAUCGAAAUUAUAACGACAAAACGAAUGUCAGAUCUUGGCACAAAAGCAGCAGCAAACGAACGAAAGCCAGUUUGAAGAAAGGAAAAAAGACAUCAUCAUCAUCACACGAAGCUGCUGUUUGCUUUUGAUGUGAAAUUUUCUACGGAAAAGUGUUCCGAUCCCAGUGCCAGUGCAGGUGCAAAGUUUCCGACGGGUUAUUGCGCUACUGAUAACACCGGUGGAAGAAGAGGAAAAAGUUCCCACAUCCGGAAAUUGUCCGCGAGAAAAGAGGUCCCGUAAUUUGGUCGAAAGAAAAACAGUGCAAAGAAGGAAGCCAUCAUCGUUUUGAGGAAAGCAGAAGGCACCGCACUCUGGAAACUGGGUGUCAUAAAGAAGGCGGCGUUGAAAAGUAGUUUUCGAAGAUUAGAAGAUUUUUGCCAACAGAGACGAAGCUCUCGUCAGCCAGGAACAGAACAAACGACAAUUUCCGACGAUUAUUCCGUUGCUAACACGAAACUGCUGGCGGAGGGAAGACGACACAACAUGGCGCAGAACAUCAAUCCGGAACGGGCUGCUGCCUCCAACCAGUCGUCGAAGCAGAGUGACGAAACUUUGAUCAAUAACAACAAUCAUGCCGUCAGUAAAAGACUCCAGAAAGAGUUGAUGGCACUGAUGAUGUCGUCGGAUAAGUCGAUUUCGGCCUUCCCCGAAGGUGAAAACUUCUUCAAAUGGAUCGGCACCAUCUGCGGUCCGGAGGGAACCGUCUACAAGGGGCAGAAGUACAAGCUCCUGUUGGAGUUCCCCAACUCGUACCCGUACUCGGCACCGAACGUGAAAUUCCUGACGCCUUGCUUCCACCCCAAUGUGGAUCUCAGCGGGUCCAUCUGCUUGGACAUCCUGAAGGACAAGUGGUCGGCACUGUACGACGUGCGGACAAUCUUGCUCUCGAUCCAGUCGCUGCUUGGGGAGCCCAACAACGACAGCCCGCUGAAUUCACAAGCCUCGCAGAUGUGGCCCAACCAGGACGAGUACAAAAAGUUUCUGGAUGAGUUCUACGAGAAGCAUAAAGAGGCUUAAGCUGCUGAUGAUGAGUGGCGGGAGCGACGCGACGAGAGAUAAGGAAUGAACGCGAUAUUGAUGAUGAUGAUGAUGUUCGAGCGUGAGAGCGUGUGCGAGAGCGAAAGGAUUCACACACAUACAAAAUAAGGUAAAAUUUAACAAAAAAUGGACAAAAAUCGCAAGGGUGAGCGCGGACACCACACAAUCUAAAGGAUAUACAAAGGAAGCAACGGAUACAGUUUGGCAAUGCGAAUGGUCGGAAAUAGUCAGGGGGCAAACGCAGACAGAGCCCACGGAAUCAAGGAUGCAGAUUGAAGUGGUAGUUGCUUUCUUUCGUUGGACAAUUUUGAAUAAUUUUUAACUUUGAUGAAUAUUUAUUAUGAACAUAUUGAUUAAAAGGUUUUACUUGUACGCAUAACUCCCUGUGGUUGCAAGUUAUUUUCUAGAAAACUUUCGGAAAUUUCGUAACUGGAUCAUAGUAUGUAGAAAACUAUAACUUCUGUUUAUUUGUUGAAACUCUGUACGUAUGAUGCUUUACGCGCUUUGGACCGAAUUGUGUGUACUAUUGAAGGGCUGGUAGCAGAUCUCUUUUUAGAGACUAAGUCACUAUUUGAAUGCAAAUCCCUAGAAACACUUUAAUUUUAAUGAAGAUCCCUAAAGUCUCUUUUUUACAUAAAAUGAUCCCUUUUCUGCUUGCACUGAAUUCUGGUGCAACUCCAGAUAAAUCCUUAGAGACUCUUACACAACUAUUCCAAUCGUUCUUCAGGAAUUUCUCCUCAAAUUCCCCGAGGAAAAGUUUUAGGAAUUUACGUUUCCUCGUGUUAUCUCAGUUUUGAGACACUCAGCCGCUAUCAGCCCCGUUAUUGAAAAAAAUCUCAUACAUUUCGAGACAAUUUGCAUGAAAUCUUUCAAUACAUUCUUCAAAAAUGCGUAAUUUUCGAUACUGCGCAUGGUUUUGGCAUACACGGUCUAAUUGGUGUAACAAUAAACUACAAGAAGAGUUUUCCAGAAAAUUACGUACCAUCACAGCCCACUGUUCUAAGAUCUGUUCACUUUCCUGUAAACCUAAUUUAUUCCGACGAAAAAUGUGUCGUUCAGAACCUUCCAAGUAGGACCCUAAAUAUAUGUUUAAUAUAACACCUUAUAGUGUACAGGCAGAUUUUCGAUAGAACUGAGGUUGCGGAAGUUAAUACAAGUUUCAGCGAUUUUGCCCCAUCACUAGAGAUUGUACGAUAUUUCCCACAAGUGGAAGAUGGGAGUAAAGAUCCCUUGAAAAUGGAUAUAUUUUCGAAAACCACGAACAAAAAUAAAUCUUAGCCAUGCAUGCUUUAAAAAAUAUCUUGGCUAUUCUUGAAUGAAUCUAAUAUCACAAAAAAUAAAUUAACUUCGUUCAUGUCCAAAAUGACUUUGUUUCUCGUAGAUACUAUCAAUUGACGUGUUAAUUUCCAAAACCGGUAGAUACAGUAGACAAAUGAAAGUACAUUAUAGAGUAAAGAACAGCACGCAGCACACGUAACUAGACGCAACGAUAACUCAUAGCAGAGAGCUUUCAACUACCAAACCGAAGAAGCAUUGUAAUCGAUCAAAAAGAUCACCAACAAAAGCAUAGAAUUCUUUGCACUAACUUUUAUGCGUUUCAAAAUCUCUUAGUUAUCCCUCUUUCCGUAUACCCUUUAUUUAACUAUACAUUGAUUGGUAUUUGUACACGUAAUAAAUGAAUUACAAUUAUUCCAAUGAA